GGUAAAAUUUGCGAACGUGAAGCUUGCAUGCCAUCAAGUUGCCAUGGCGGAGGGAAUUGUUCACAGACUACUGAUGGAGAAAUUGUAUGCGACUGCAGAUUCAAUCGUGCUGGGAAAUACUGUGAAUAUACUUGUACAUUCGAUAUCGAAAAAUUUAGUGGUCGUUCAUGUUCGCGAGCAGAAAUAUGCGUGAUUGGAAACGACGGAGAAGAGACAUGCAGAUGCGAGGAUCACGUCUCAGGCAGCCAUUGCAUGAUGUCAACAGAUGUCAAGAACGAAUGCGAACAACCAAAUAUAUGUAACAACCGUGGAAAAUGUCUUGAACGGACGUACGGUUACAACUGCCGAUGCAAUUCCUAUUCAUCCGGAAAAAACUGCGAAAUAUUAGACGAGUGCAUACGGAGCUAUGAUAAUACAUGUCACGAAUACGGUGGCAGAUGCGUCGAUUUGCCAAAAGGUUACAAAUGCAUUAAUUGCCCACAAGGACAAACCGGGGACAAAUAUCAAUACAAAAAAGAUCCAUGCAGUGUCAGUUGUUAUGAUGCAACCAUGGAAGUGAGUUGUGACAUGAGAUUCUUAAGCUCCAAACUAAAGCAAAUUCCGAUUUAUCUCAACAUCAAAAAUAACGAUUGCAAAUUAUAUAACUAUGGCAGGACGGCUACCAAACAAUUCUCAUAUAAUGAUUGUGGAACAAAGAUGCAGGUUGGUAAAAAUUGAAAUAAUUGUAAAAUCUAUAGAAGUCAUAUUCGUUUGCCAUCGAUUCUCAAAGCAGCUAGCUACCCAAGACGUGCAAUAACAACCAAAUGCGUUCUGUU